GGCGUUCUUCCCUCGACGGGAUCAAGGGAUUGUGAUGUGUGGAUCCAUGAUUCUUUCGCUGGUGUAGAUCCACGUUGGAGAGGACCGCAGCGGAUGGCGACUAGAUUCUUCAAGGAGGCGAACCAAAUUUGCAGAUCCCAUCGUUAUAAGGGAUAUCUUUUUUUGGUCGUCCGAAUAUCAGCGAAUAGCAGCAGGACCAAGAGAUGAUUGAGUUGGAAAGAUAUCAAAGUGAUUCCUAGACGAAAUAUCGGCAAAGCGUUUGGUG